AUGGCUAGUGCAGCCGACACGAUGGAUUUAUUACUCAAUAUGCAUAUCUAAAGCAUUAAAGUGCACGACAACGACAACAUGCAAUCAUGCAUCCUCUCUUCCUGUGAGCAGGUUGUUUUAUGAGCUCGUAACUGUUUUAUUCGCGCAAACUGCAGAUUUUGGACGGAAACAAUAUUGGAGAUUUUUGCAUAAAACAAGAGAAGUAUUGGAAACGCCGUUUUCAUGGGUUUACCGUCAUCCAGUAAUCAGGCACACAUAACCGGCAAUAUUGACGAGCGGCAAUUGUCCCACAGUGCUUUCCAAAGAAUGACUAUUGUGUGAAUGCGUUACUCCUGUGAUCACACAAAUUACUAGCUUACCCAACAGUUUUUGUGUAAAGCGGUUUGGCAAAGCGAUGGGAAAUCGAGAAGGAAAACUAUCCAGCCGCGUUGGAGAUUCCGAUAUACCAGGAGCAUGCAAACUGAAAAAGUCGGAUAUGGACUUUCUGAAGGCAAACACCACAUUUGAUGAAGCAACAAUAUCGGAGUGGUAUAUAGAAUUUAUGAGAGACUGCAAAAACGGAAAAUUAUCCCCUCAGAAAUUUAUGGAAGUCUACGAAGUUCUGUGUCCGGGUGGAGAAGCGAAAGCCUUUGCGAAGCAUGCCUUCCGCACGUUUGACAAAGACCGCAACGGUUUUAUUGAUUUCAAAGAGUUCUUGAUGGCCGUAAACGUAACAUCAUCGGGAACAGUCGAACAGAAGCUGAAGUGGGCCUUCAAUAUGGUCGACAUUGAUGGAAAUGGAACCAUUGAACUGAAUGAGAUGGUCAAAGUCAUAGCGGCGAUACAAGAAAUGUCAGUAGCUUUAGCAGCUUCUCGUACCCAUUCCUCCUCCACAACCAAUCCUGUCAUCCAAGCAGCCUCGACGCUUAAUCCUACCGAACGUGCCAAGCAGAUUUUCUCCCAAAUGGAUGCCAAUCACGACGGCAUCCUGGAUGAAAAAGAGUUCAUGAGCGGAUGUAUGAACGACCAAUCUCUUGUGCAAAUGCUGCUCAUGAGCGGCAGUUUCACCUGAAAGUGAUUUUUCUCUUUCCGACAAAUUUAUUUAAGCAUAAUAUGAAAACUUAAUGCACAAAAUAAAUGCCAGUAGCCAUAUACACGUAUGUAGUAAAUGUCGAGCUGCAUGCCGAUAUACCGCAGAUGCUGCAUAAAGAUAUAAAAUAUAUUAUCGA